AGAGAAUCCAGGUGAACGGUUCCAGGUAUGUGAGCAAUAUAAAGAAGGACGUCUUCACUAUAAAGACGUUUUCCCCAAAGCUCCCCCUCUCAUAAUUUCAACGCGAGCGUCAGCGAAGCAAGUUGGGCUGGGGGUGAAAGGCGCAAAGGGCAAAGAGGAAAAAGAAAAAUUUUGUUCUCGUAGGAAACAGUUCCCCAAAGAGUGUUGAACAACAAAAGAACCCUAGAAGAGGAGGACGAUCGUUUUGAAGGGCGGAGAAAUAACCUUGUGAACGUGCACAGGAAGAAUCGUUUGUAUCGCUGCUUCUUGAUGACUUACAUGAUUCAACUGGCUAAACUGCAAGCGAAGCGGUCGGUUUUCUCUUGGUCAGACACUUGUCGGUCGAUCACUCCCCGAUUGUUGUGUGAUUUUCUUUAGUCCCGCGUUUUCUCGUCAGGGAAACGUCGUGUUCAAAGAGAGUCAGUGGGUUUUUUAUUUUUCGUAUGUGUGUCUGUUAUUUUUUUUUUGAUUGCUAACCAGAAGAAGAAAAAAAAAGAAGUGGAGGAGAGAAAGAGAAAGAGAGAGAGAGAAACUGUGGAAAUGGGGAAAAAAAUAGAGAAAAAGAAGAAUAAGAAAAACAAUGGCCGUUUCGGCGGAACUAAUUGCGUUCCUGUAUUGCCGUCUCGGCGUACGGCGAGCAACGGCCCAGUUCGUCCGCAGAUCGCUUCGAUCGAGCUCGGUUUCAAAGGCGCCUCGAAGGUGCCCGCCUUUCUUGUUUUGAAUUUGGCGGCCGGUGUACGGUCGUCGCGAGUUACCAUCGUUUGUCGAUGGUCGUGCAGUCGAAUCGGCGGAGCGAUGUACGUCAUCCACGCCGACGAUGCCUUGGAUUCGCUCAUUGCCGACGUGCAAAGCCGAGUGCUAUGCGGCGAGCGUGUCAGCCAAAUGACGAAGACGUAUAAUGACGUCGAAGCGGUCACGCGCCUACUCGAAGAGAAGGAGAAGGAUUUGGAGCUGGCGGCCCGGAUCGGCCAGGGACUUUUGACGAGGAACAAGGCGCUUGAAGAGCGUUUGAUUGCCGUUGAAGGAGAACUGACCAGUGCCCAUGAUACAGUCACCCAAUUGCGGCACGAUCUGCUCCUCAAGGGCGAGCUCUUGCAGAUCUAUUCCAACGAUUUCGAUGACAGCAGUCCGGAAGGCGUGAGGGCUUUCACAACUGACUUGCUCCAACGUAAAGUCAAAGGAUUGGAAGAUGACAACCGCAAGUUGCGGGCGGAAGCCUCGCAGCUGGCCAACGAAUCAUCGGAGACCGAACUGCGCGAGGAGCAACUGCUGCACCAAGUCGUCGCUCAACUAGCUGAAGCCAAUAGCCACAUCAAAAAUCUGGAUGAAGAACUGGCCAAUAAGUAUGAUGAGACGAACAAACAUCGCGAAGAGAUUACCAGCUUGCUGGGCCAGCUGGUCAGUCAACGGCACAAAAUUCGUGAGCUGACACUGGAAAACGAGGAUUUGACUAUGCAAUUGCACGUGGUGCGUGAAUGCCAAAACGAGCUGGCCGUCGAAUUGUCUGAAUACAAGGACAAGUACGCCGAGAUCCUUGAAUUGCUUCACGAAACGCAAGAGCAAGUGAAAGAGCAAAACAAGCGGAGUCUUCCCACUUCUCGCGGUUUGGCCGGCGCUUCUGCUCCGCCCAGUAGAGCAACUUCACAUUACCACCCGGAUUCUUUAGCCUCGGAAUUGGAACUCUCAUCACUCGGCUCGGAAAGUUGGCCAUCCGAGAUUAGUUCCACGCCGCAAACCCUUCCUUCUCGGUUUCAGUACCAGCGUGUUUUCGAUACGGUCCGGUGCGCAUCAAUGGCUGUCGAGCCCAGGGUGCUAGCAUCGACACCGACGACUGAUGGGCCUCGAAUGCCACCCCGGCUUGCGGUCAACACUUCCACUCCGAUGGCCGAAAUCAGUCCGUCUUUCCAGAAAGCCCAAUCUGUGCUAGAGAAACUGACUGCAACGUCGGAAACAGACUACCCGGCGACUUCGAAGGUGGGCGUACCAGGAACACCCGGAACGGUCGAUUUAACCCACGCACUACGUCGAUUGGCACCCAAAACUACUGUGACUGGCCCAUCUCAUGAUGGACACGGUUGGAGGACGCCGGACAGUAUCAUGUCAACGGGAAGCCGAUCCGGUCUUAGCAGCCUAAAUUCUUUUCAUUAUCCAGAAAAGCUCAAGAUCAUUAAACCGAUGGAAGGUUCCAUGACGCUGCAUCAUUGGUCUCGCUUGGCCACUCCGCACCUGGGCACGCUGUUGGAAGAGAGACCCGGUGUGGCGACGCGGGAAACCAAAUCGACACAUGUGGACACUUUCAACUAUCAGCGGGAUUUCCUAGAAAUGUACAGUCUGUUUGACGUCGAAGAAGAUGAGGAGAUGGAAACGGUGGCCGGCAAAACGUUCGAUUCGUCCGCACCUGUUUACACGUUGACCAAUUCCACAGCGACUCAUCCCAACAAUUUGACGAGUGUCACUUCAUCGAUGCAAAGUGGUUAUAUGACGUCAUCGGUCGAUUAUCCUAGUCUCAAUCAUUCAGUCAAUUCGUUGCAGUCCGGCAAUCGAUCAGAAAACGGGUCCACUUUACCCUCCCAACGCAGACUAGUCGAAGCCUUACAUGAAAGAGGAGUUGGUCAUUCGAUCGUUGGGUGGAGUGGUCUGUCGACCCCCAACAACAGUCCAGGCUGUUCGUCGCCAGAUGGGUCAUCGUCUCACUUUCUCUCCGAAACGUGGGAAUUCCUAGCCGAAGGAGCCAAAAUGAUAAGGCGGACGUUAACUGGCCAAGAAACGCCCCUUCCAGCUCGUCGUUGUGUUCCUCGCAUUGCACGCAAAGAACUCGAGACCGUCUCGCGGAUGCAUUUGCUGGACAAGUUGGAGAAAUUGGGUCUGGACGAAGUGAACCAAACCUUUUCGUCUGUGUCUCCCACAACGCUGAGGGUCGCUUUAGAGAAUUUGACGUACGUAACUGACGGCCAUCGUGACGAUUCGGAUGCCUGGCAGAUCAGCAAAGACGGCGUUGCCAGUUGUUCGGAAUCGCGCAGUCCUAUCCGCAGGAAUUUGUCGAAUUCCAGUGUGGAAAACGUGCCCAGCCCGAAAUUGAGUCCGAUGCAUCGAUCCUCUUCUGUCGGUCUCAACAUGAUUUGUGAUCUCGGCUCGCCUCCUUCUUCUAGCAUUGCAUCCAACUUCGACAUCCGUGCCAAGUUCCAAGUCGUUUGACAACAACUUUGUUUGGGGCUCAAGUUUUUCUUCCCUUCCAUCCCGCCAUGAUGAAAAACGCUGAAAGUCGACUGCCGGAUGUCUAGCUUUUGAUACUACGGACAUUUACCGAGAAAAAGAGAGAGAGAGAGGGUCGUCGAGUCGGGUUGGGAAAUAAGGAAAGUUUCAGAAUGCGCAACAAUCAGUCAUUGGCAUUUUUCUAAUGCGAUUUCGCCCCUUUUUCUUUUAAAUUAGUCAUUAUAUUUAUUGCGUUAUGCACAAGGCAGGCGGAAAGAGAUGGUAGAGAAAAGCCGUAUUCAAUCAAAUAUCGAUGAUGACGUCGACUUUGGUGUUUGGUUACAAAUGACGUGCCAUCCGUUCGGGCGAAAAAAAAAUUUAACUAGUUCAUUUUUUGUCCCUCUUUUUUGUUUUUGUUUUUUAAGGAAAAGAAAAGCGUUAAAUCGCAACACUUUAAAACAGCAUAGAUUUUUCGUUUGCUUGAAUGAACUCUGUUGGAAAUGAGAGAUUGGCGGGGGCUUAGUAGCCAAAACGAGGAUGUGCUGUAAUUGGGUGGGAGACCGAAUGGAUAUCGUCGACGGGCCAACAUUAAAGACACGGGCAAUUUGACAAGUGCCGAGAGCAGCUCAAGUUAACAUUUUUCCUCUUUCCUGAAACGAAAGUUUGGUGCUCUGUUUAUGUCGUUACGUCAUAACUGCCAGAUGGGACAUCAUUGCGUGUACCACACAUUUUCACUACGAGUUAAAAAAAAAAAAAAAGUGAAACACGGAAAGGCAACAGAUUUUCAAA